AUGCAUUCACUACCUGUCAUUAUUCAUCCGAUUCAAUUUCCCAGGUCAGCAUGUCAGCUCCAACAACCAUUAAGCUGCCCGCGGGGGGCCAUCAAAGUGCUAAAGCUAGAGAACAACCUCAUCCACGCCCGAGGCAUUCCUUAUGCCAAAGCAAACCGAUUUGAAGCCCCGCAGCCAGCCGAUGAAUGGACGGUCGCCCGUGACUGCACCGAGCGGGCAUCAAUAUGCCCGCAGCUCCCAUCGCGACUGGAGUCGGUGAUGGGUCCAUUGACAAAAGGUCACAGCCAAAGCGAAAACUGUCUGCAUUUAUCUGUCACAGCACCUACCGAUGCCACAAGCGCUCCCGUCAUGGUCUGGUUGCACGGCGGCGCCUACAUCUCAGGUGGUGGAGACCUUGACUGCUACCAGCCGGUCGACUUGGCCAAGAGGGGCAUCGUUUGCGUCACGGUCACCUACCGACUGGGUGUGUUCGGAUACCUUGGCUUGGAGGGAAUCUCACCUGCAAAUCUGGGCCUGCUGGAUCAGCGUGCUGCUCUUCAGUGGAUCCAAAACAAUAUUUCUGUGUUCGGUGGGAACCCAGACAAUGUCACCAUGGUCGGACAGUCGGCCGGCGCGGAUUCGAUCAUUUGUUUGAUGGUCGCCGAGGGCACCGCGGGCCUGUUCCAUCGCGCCAUUCUCCUCAGCCCGCCAUUGCGGGAGCUAAAAGAGCGCACACCAACGGCAUCCCUACUUUCUCGGAAAGCGGAACAGCUCUUCAUCAAGGAUUCGAGGGAGAUGUCAGUGGAUGAAUUGCUGGGAGUUCAGAAGAAGCUGCUUCUCAGUCCUGUAAAAACGCAGGUUAUGCUAUUUGCACCCACCCUAGGAUCUGACCCAUUGCCAAUGGAACAGGACUUCGAUCGAAAGCUUUCAGAGGUUGCUAAAGAUAUCCCCAUUCUCAUAGGCUGGACUGCCCAGGAUGGCCGCCCCUUCGCAAGCAUGAUGGGUCCGCAGAGCUUACUCAAGUUGCCAAUUAUUGGGUCUUACGUGGAGAGCCUGGGAACCUGGUAUAUUACCCACAGCUACUUCAAAUGGCCAUGUCAACGCUUCCAGGAGCAGGUGCUGCAGGCGGGUGGCACAUCAACAAGUUAUUCGUUCGGCUGGGCGGGCGAAGGGAAUCCCCUUGGGUCAUGUCACUGUAUAGACAUUCCGUUUGUGUUGGGGAUGGAGGAUGCUUUUAAGGCUGCGCCUAUGCUAGCUGGAGCGACCACGGGGGAGGAUAUCGCUCGGAUAGGGUCCGAUCUCAAGGACUUGUGGACGAGCUUUGCGAACGGGAAUAAAUUGAAGAAUGGGGUGCAUAUUGAACUUGACAGUGACUUUGUCUUAUCUAAGGACAUAUUUGUGAACUGA